GUCCGCGAGUGGAAAGAUUCACGUGGAAAAUUUCGAAUCGCGCCGCCCGGUGGUGGCGAGAAACACGAAGAAGAAAAACCAAAAAACGAAAUCGUUCAACCUGGAUCUACGAACGACGAAUCUGGACGUAUACGCGGACGAUCCCGAUCGGUUGUUGGACGGUCGCGAUAACAAGUCGCGUACCAGGGACCGCCGAGCCACGAAAAUAGAUCCGAAAAUCGUGGUCGACGAGGGCGGCAGCAUCGUGACGGCCACGGAGGACGGGAUUUACGAGGAUCGUUUGCGAGAAUCCGCCGUCGGCGGGAAGGACAGUCGUCUCUCCGCGAUGAGGGGCGAGUCGGCGCGACCCGGGAAGCGCCCUUUAAGGGCGCUCUCCGCAUCCGAGAAGAUGGACGCGAUACAGAGGGUUCACGAGGGCGAGAGCAAGGCAUCGGUGGCGCGUGAUAUCGGUGUACCGGAAUCGACGUUACGCGGUUGGUGUAAAUCCGAGCACAAGAUUCGCGGUAUGGCCAGGAACUCGUCGACGCCGGACAGCGAAGCACACUCGCCCGCUUCGUCAUCAGGGGCGAACGUGACCGGUGGUGGUGCUGGUAAUCUAGUGGGUGGUUCGGCGAAUCUGUCGAGCGAGGACGAGGGACCGUGCGCGAAGAAAUCGAAGCUGGAUCAACAGACAUCGGUGGUAACCGGGGCGGGCACGUCGUUCAUCGGCACCAAUGAUGUGUGCACGGACACGGAUGUGGGCAAGGACAACAGCAAACAACAGCCGAAGAUCGAUUACGUGGGACUGAUGACAAGUAUGGCGGGCAUGAGACCGGAGAACAGUUCGUUGUUGCUCCAACAGCUGGGCCUAUUGUCCGGCGCCACUGGCACCCUCGCCAAGAAUCUCUUGAGCAUGUCACCGGCGUUGUCGCACGGCAGCACGGUCGGUCUGGUGGAGAACGGUUUACAGUACACGAAGAGCAGCACCGGGAACCUGGUGAACGCGUCGAACACACUGAACGGCGGUGGUAACAGCAAAAGGCACACGAUCUCCGCGAUCGCGCCCGCGCAAAUGGACUCUGUGGUCGCGAAAUCGUGCACGCGAAAGAGCCUGCCACCUGCCGCGGAAGCACCCUCGACACCGGUACCAGCGUCCCCGCGAAAGACCAACGAGAACACCGGUAUACAACGCACCACGAAACCGAAGAAGGACGGGAACGUGAGCAGCGGCGGCGGCGGUGGUGGUGGCGGUAAUACCAACAAAAAGGUGGACGAAGCUCUUUGGUUAUGGUUGACGCAGCAGCAACAGCUGCUCGGUCAACAGUCGGCCAGCUUCAAUCCAAGCAUCAAUCAGCAGGACGGCUCGUGGUUCUGGCAAUGGUACAAGCAGUGCAGCUUCCCCCUGAUGACGCCCACGCCGACCCAACUGACGCCCAGCCUGGUCGCCAAGAAAUCGCCGAGCAAGGCGAGGGCGAUGCUCGACAAUGUUCUUUGUCACAACAACAACAACAACGAGAACGUGAAACGCAGCCUGAACAUGGACGUGGUGGACGAGGAGGAGAUCGACGCGACGGCUGGCGGUGACGUGCCCAGCAGCACCGAGGAGGCGAUCGAGCACGGGGAGAAGUUCUUCAAAUGGUUGGACAAAUGCUCCGAUCCGGCGGUCACCAGGCUCCAGAUUAUACAGUUCAGAUACCUAUUGGACAAUCUGAAGGCGUGUAGGAAGAAGACGUCCUCUAGCUCGAAACAAAGCAGAAAGUAGGCGAGAGAGAGAGAGAGAGAGAGAGAGAGAGAGAGAGAGAGAGAGAGAGCUCUGUGAUGCUAAAUAUAUAUCUUAGAAAGAGUGGUGUCUGUGUGUGCGUGCGUUUCAGCGCACGGCAAACGCCCGAGAAACACCGGAUUGAAACGAGUACAGGUAGAAAGAAAGAAGUAGAGACCAGAAAUCGAGCAGUUCUUUUUUUUCUCGAACCAACACGAUACCACACGGUCACGAUCUCCUUUUCGUUGAACUCUUCGUCCAUUGGAACGACACCCCCCCC